AUGGCCAGCACCGUCCUUCACCUCCGGUCCGAGACCAAGCCCCUUGAGCACCGCUCUGCGCUCACCCCCACCACCACCAAGGCCCUGAUCGAGGCCGGCUACACCGUCAACGUCGAGCGCAGCCCCGUCCGCAUCUUCGACGAUGCCGAGUUUGAGGCCGUUGGCGCAAACCUCGUCGAGGAGGGCUCCUGGGAGAAGGCUCCUGCCGAUCACAUCAUUGUCGGCUUGAAGGAGCUCGAGGAGAAGGAGUUCCCCCUCAAGCACGUUCACGUCACCUUCCUCCACGUCUACAAGGGACAAGCCGGUUUCGAGAAGACUCUCGGCCGCUUCCCCCGCGGCGGUGGUACCCUCCUCGAUCUUGAGUUCCUGACCAACGAGACCGGUCGCCGCGUUGCGGCCUUCGGAUACCACGCUGGCUUCUCCGGCGCUGCUCUUGCCCUCGAGAACUGGGCCUGGCAGCUUACCCACCCCGGCCAGCCCUUCCCUUCCGUCGAGUCGUACCCCAACGAGGAUGCCCUCAUUGCGGAUGUCAAGAAGGCCUUGGACGAGGGUGUGGCGAAGAACGGCGGCAAGAAGCCCAGAGUGAUUGUGAUCGGUGCUCUCGGCCGCUGCGGCUCUGGCGCCGUGGACAUGUGCAAGAGAGCCGGUGUCACGGACAUCAUCCGCUGGGAUAUCCAAGAGACUCAGGCCAAGCCUGGUCCGUACAGCGAGAUCACCGAGUCUGACAUCUUCGUCAACUGCAUCUACCUGAGCCGCGAGUCUCUCCAGGCUCCUGGUAGACAGCUAUCCGUAGUCUGCGACGUUUCUGCCGACACCACGAACCCCCACAACCCCAUCCCCAUCUACACCGUGGCUACCACCUUCGACAAGCCCACUGUCCCCGUUGAGGGCUUCGAGAACCCGCCUCUGAGCGUCAUCUCCAUCGACCACCUGCCCUCGCUGCUGCCCCGUGAGUCCAGCGAGGCCUUCAGCAACGACCUGUUGCCCACCCUCCUGAACCUCAAGGACUGGCGCAACGACCCCGUCUGGGCCCGCGCCGAGAAGCUCUUCAAGGACAAGGUUGCCACCACGCUCCCCGCCGAGCUCCAGAAGAGAGAGGCCUAG